GUCAUCAUCCAUUAUGCAGGUCAUGGGAUGGAGCUUAGAGGCAGGUUCCACUUGGUGGAUCGUCGUGUCAAUGGAAGGACUUGCGACGCCAUGCGAUACAUGCUCGACCUGGCCUCAGAAGAAGAGUAUGACCUUCGUGAUGUCAGCAACGUCGACGUUCUCUUUGUGCUCGAUUGUUCUUACUCCAUUACAUAUGGCAACACAAUCGUCGAGAUCAUAUCCGCGACGGCUAGAGACAACCCAAGAACCAAUAGUCCCCCAGCAACUACGUUCACGAACAAGAUCCUGGACGAAGCCCGUCGCCGCCACGGAGAUGGUCACGAGUACAUUGAAAUCGCCAACCUCGUUGAGACGCUCAAAGCGCAGGGCACCGGUGUUAUAUCCCCUACCCAUUGCCUGAAAAUAGGCGCAGCUUCCGUCUGCAUCCCGCUCACCGGGGUGACCGCUAUCGAUCCCACUAUUAUUCCUCCUAGUCUGCGAGCUGUCUUC